CAAGCCGAGAACGCUGCUAUCUUUGGCUCCUUCAUCGCGUCUUGCUGCUCUCCGCUCACUUCCGAAGCACUCGCCACGUCGGCAUGAACCCCAGCAAUCCGUUCCAAGACCCUUCUGUGCUACGCGCACAGGCACCGCCCUCGCCUGGCAUGAAUUUUUCGACCAUCUCGCCUCCCGAGCCCGUGUCAACUGUGGGCGGAGCCGCGCCGGCCUCGUACCAGGCGCCCGGUGCCCCGCGUCAAAAUCUGAUGGACGAGAUCGGUGCUCAGAUCAAGGCAACCAACAGUCAGACGAUCAUCAAGGUAAUGCGCGUACUGAAUCUGGUACUGGCCACGGCAACCAUAGCGGUGGGAGUUCUCGCCUGGAUCUUUGGCCAGGUGGACACGUUUCAAAGGGUCAUUGCGGGCAUCUACAUCAUUAUGUUUGGAGCGCUGCUGCUAGCGUUUGAGCUGCGCACCGAGAAGGUGGACGUGAUCCUGCGCAAGAACUUUGGCUUCAUGUAUGGCAACAAGACACGCACCGUCUUCCUCGUCUUUAUUGCGAUCUGGCCGUUGUCGAUGGGCAACUUCUGGCUGACGAUUCUGGACGCCGUGCUGCUGUUCCUCAACGCCUUCUUCAACUACUUUGUCAUCUCUCAGCACCCAGCAUUCUCCACAGUGCCGCCCGUGUACGACCCCAAUCAGGCACAGGCUGCAUACGCGCCCACACCACACAUGAAUGUCAAGGAGGAGCGCAAGAAGGCUCGCUUAAACCGCCGGAAGAUCGCGGCUAAAGCAGAGCGUGAUGCGCUGGCUCGAGAGCAGGAGGCUGUGCGUGUGGCAGCUAUCAGUCGCAGUCGCCUGCGUCGUCUGCCGCCGUGGCUGCCCACUUUGCCGUCCACCAACUCGGAAGAUGUUGCUGUACUGCGAGAUCUGAACGACGUCACGAGACCCGUAGCGUUACGCGUAGGCCAGGAGAUGACGCGCUAUUGCACCUACACGCAACGUGUGGUAGACGAAGCUCGGCAACACAUUGACGCGGCAAUUGCACACAUCACGGAGGGCGUGCGCAAGAUCUGGCCUCACGCUUCGGUCACGUGCUUCGGCUCGUAUUCCACGGGCCUGUGGCUGCCAUCCAGUGAUGUUGACGUUGUGGUUAUGGGUCUUUCUAACUCCGAGGACCGAGACGUCCCUACAAGAUUCCUUCCGGAUGGAGUAAAAGAGCUCGAGCAAUUGGCGAGGCAACUGCGACCGCAGAAAAGUUGGGUGCAGCGUGUGGAUGUCGUAAGGGGUGCCAAGGUCCCUGUGGCUAAAGUCAUCUUACGUCGUGGCAGUCAGAAGGAAGGAGAGAACUCGGCGCUACUCCGAGUGGAUGUAUCGAUCGAGAACGUUCAAACGAGCCACGGGAUGGAGGCCAGCAAGCUCGUGCGCCAUUUUUGA